AUGGAGCUUUGUGGUUAUCCUUUUACUUGGGAAAGGGGUAGGGGUACUUCGAUUUGGAUUGAAGUUCGUCUGGGUAAAGGCUUAGCGGAUCUUGCUUGGUUGCAAAUGUUUAAUUCGGCUAAACUUUACAAUCUUGAGAUAUCAACAUCCGAUUAUUCGCCCAUUUUGCUUGAACUUUUUACUACUGCUGUUCAGCAACAGGUCACUCGUUUUCACUUUGAAAAUGCAUGGCUACGGGAACCAUUUUGUUACCAAUUGAUCGAAGAUUGUUGGGAUGACAGUGGUGAUGUUGAAGUGCAGCAGAAGAUUCAAAGGUGUGGGCAGCGAUUGGUGGUUUGGGGGAAGGAGUUUACGGGUAAUUUUAAAGAGAGAAUUCAACAAUGCAAAAAUGAAGUGCAAAAGUGGAAGUUGGGGAGAGAUGAUACCUCGGUGGCAAAUUAUAAAUUGGCAAGGAACAAUUUGAAUGAAGCUUAUACCCAACGUGAGGUUUUUUGGCAUCCACGAUCGAAGCAAUUAUGGUUGCAAGAAGGUGAUAACAACAGUAAUUUUUUUCAUGCUUUUGCAACUAAUAGGAGACGUAAUAACUUCAUUUCAAAGCUCAAAGAUUCGAAUGGCAAUUGGGUGGAUUGGUCUUCGGGCUUGCCACAAAUAAUGGUAGAUUAUUUUUGUGCUCUUUUUGCUUCAUCUAAUGCGAACUGGAGAGAAGUUACAAGUAGUGUGCAAGCUCGUGUUACUGCAGAGUAG